GUGCCCCAUCCUUGGUGUCAGUGGGAGGAACAGUGCCCCAUCCUUGGUGUCAGUGGGAGGAACAGUGCCCCAUCCUUGGUGUCAGUGGGAGGAACAGUGCCCCAUCAUUGGUGUCAGUGGGAGGAACAUGCCCCAUCCUUGGUGUCAGUGGGAGGAACAGUGCCCCAUCCUUGGUGUCAGUGGGAGGAACAGUGUACCCCAUCCUUGGUGUCAGUGGGAGGAACAGUACCCCAUCCUUGGUGUCAGUGGGAGGAACAGUGCCCCAUCCUUGGUGUCAGUGGGAGGAACAGUGCCCCGUCAUUGGUGUCAGUGGGAGGAACAGUGCCCCAUCAUUGGUGUCAGUGGGAGGAACAGUGCCCCGUCAUUGGUGUCAGUGGGAGGAAUAGUGCCCCAUCAUUGGUGUCAGUGGGAGGAAUA